AUGAAGGUGUCCGCAGCGCUUUUCGUGGCGGCCCUCGCCGAAUUUGCGUUCGCGCUUCCGGGGAGGUAUCCUCCUCCUCCUUCCUACCCGGUGUCUGAACCGCCAGCGCCGACGGACUACCCAAUUCCGCCAUCGGUCACGGACUCUUAUCCAGUUCCUCCUCCCUCUUACUCGGAACCGCCCGCUGUGACCGACUCUUACCCAGUCCCGUCUCCCAGUGUUACGGAUUCUUAUCCAGUUUCCCCGCCCUCAUACUCUGUCCCGCCCUCGUACUCAGUAUCUCCUUCAGUGACGGACUCGUACCCGGUUUCUCCUUCAGUGACGGACUCAUAUUCAGUCCCACCAUCGUAUUCAGUAUCUCCUUCAGUGACGGACUCAUAUUCAGUCCCACCAUCGUAUUCAGUAUCUCCUUCAGUGACGGACUCGUACCCGGUUUCUCCAUCUGUGACUGAUUCAUAUUCAGUCCCGCCAUCGUACUCAGUACCUCCUUCAGUGACGGACUCAUACCCGGUUUCUCCUUCCGUGACUGAUUCAUACUCGGUUCCCCCCUCUUACUCAGUCCCACCUGUCGUUACCGAUACAUUCCCUCCUCCCAGCUUUACAGAGUCUUACCCAAUUACCACUACUACUGUCACUGAUACAAUAACCAAAACGACAUUAGUCCCCUGCACCACAACAGUCACUUCCAGGGGUGGUCAUACUUUUUACAGUACCUGGGUAACUACAUCUACUUGGACCACAACGACAUGCUACCCUAUCACUAAAACGCUCGUACCACCUCCACCUGUGCACUGUUGCCCAAUCAUUGCAACUGUUACCGUCACUGUUACUGAAUGUGGCGGCCCUGCCUGCGGUGGCUUGCCAACGGAAUAUCCCCCACCGAAAACAACUGCUCCUCCUCCUUCCUACCCCCACCAGCCACCUCCCACAUACCCUCAACAACCUCCUCCAUCCUACUCUCACCAACCUCCACCAUCCUAUUCCCAGCAACCCCCUCCAUCCUACUCCCAGCAACCCCCUCCAUCCUACUCUCAGCAACCUCCUCCAUCCUACUCUCAGCAACCUCCUCCAUCCUACUCCCAGCAACCCCCUCCAUCCUACUCCCAGCAACCCCCUCCCUCCUACUCUAAUAAGCCAACCCCCUCAUACUCGCAACAGCCACCAUCCUCCUACUCCCAGGAGCCAACCCCCUCUUAUUCGCAACAGCCGCCUUCCUCCUACUCCCAGGAGCCAACCCCCUCUUAUUCGCAACAGCCGCCUUCCUCCUACUCCCAGGAACCAACCCCCUCUUAUUCGCAACAGCCACCAUCCUCCUACUCCCAGGAGCCAACCCCCUCAUACUCGCAACAGCCACCAUCCUCCUACUCCCAGGAACCAACCCCCUCAUACUCGCAACAGCCACCAUCCUCCUACUCCCAGGAGCCAACCCCCUCAUACUCGCAACAGCCGCCUUCCUCCUACCCCCAGGAGCCAACCCCUUCUUAUUCUCAACAACCGCCAUCAUCCUACCCUCAAGAGCCUACCCCAUCCUACCCUCAGCAACCCCCCUCCUACUCUCAGGAGCCUACCCCAUCUUACCCUCAGCAACCCCCCUCCUACUCUCAAGAGCCUACCCCGUCCUACCCUCAGCAACCCCCCUCCUACUCCCAGGAGCCUGCUCCAUCCUACCCUCAGCAACCCCCCUCCUACUCCCAGGAGCCUGCUCCAUCCUACCCUCAGCAACCCCCUCCAGUUACCUCAUAUGUUCCAUUGCGGAGGUUCGUCUUUUUCUAA